CAACUCCACGGAAAUUCGGCGGCGGGAAGACCUGCUUCUCGCUCUCCGCUUCAAGGCGAAGGAGAUGGCAGCCGUGCUCACCUCCGCGCAAUCAGCGGCUAACAGGUCAGCCCUGCUGGGCCGUGACGGGCGGUCGCUGGUGGCGGUGGAGACGGAGAGAACAGCCUCGCGAGACAACAAGGGGCUCGUGGCUCUGCAGCAAGAGAUCAUGCAAGAGCAAGACUCGGAGCUGGAGGAGCUGGAGUCCACGGUGGCAACCACCAAGCACAUAGCGCUCACCAUUAACGGCGAGCUGGACCUGCAUCGACAUCUGCUGGAUGAUUUGGAUGACAACAUUCAGUCAACAAAUGCUCGUGUACAG